AUGGCAAAGUAUAUAGCUCAGCUAAUCAUAGCAGGAUCUCAAGUGAUAGGUAGAGCUUUUGCGAGAGCAGUAAAACAAGAAAUAGAAGCUUCUCAACAAGCAGCUCAGAGGUUAGGAAAUGCUAAAACUCGAACUGAAAGAAUAGCAAAUCAAAAAUUAGGUCUAUCUCUAGAAGAAGCUAAACAAAUUUUAAAUAUUAGAAAUCUUACAAAAGAAGAAAUAGAAGAAAAGUAUCAGUCUCUUUUUAAAGCUAAUGAAAAAACUUCAUUAUACCUCCAAUCGAAGAUUGUACGAGCUAAAGAAAGACUAGAUCAUGAAAUACUAUCAGGACCACAAACUGAAAAGACACAAAGCUCGGAAAGUCCUAAAACUUAG